CUCUUACAUCAUCACUUUACAAUCAACAUAUUAUACUAUAGUCUAUAAAUUAAACAAUAUGUUGAUGAAACCAUAGUGUAAUAACAAAAAUAUUCUCUCAUUUUUCGACUAACAAUGGGUGUUCCUACAGUACAGCCACAUUUUGUGUUGUUUCCUUUCAUGGCACAAGGUCAUACAAUACCUAUGAUUGACAUUGCGCGAUUACUAGCACAGCGUGGAGUUAUUAUCACAAUCGUUACUACACAUUUGAAUGCCAAUAGAUUCAAAAAAGUCAUUGAUCGCGCUAUAGAAACGGGACUAAAAAUUCAGGUGGUUCAUCUCUACUUUCCAAGCUUAGAGGCUGGACUACCUGAAGGGUGUGAAAAUUUCGACAUGCUUCCAUCGAUGGAUUUGGGGCUGAAAUUCUUCGAUGCUACGAAAAGACUUCAGCCCCAAGUGGAAGAAAUGUUGCAAGAAAUGAAACCUUCACCAAGUUGUGUAAUAUCUGAUAUGUGUUUGCCAUGGACAACUAAUGUUGCACAAAAAUUCAACAUUCCUAGGAUUGUUUUCCAUGGAAUGGGUUGCUUUUCUUUGUUAUGUUUACAUAAUUUGAAAGAUUGGGAGGAGUUAGAAAAGAUUGAAUCUGAUACAGAGUAUUUUCGAGUGCCUGGAUUAUUCGACAAGAUUGAAUUAAGCAAAAAUCAGCUUGGUAAUGCUGCCAGGCCGAGAAAUGAAGAAUGGCGAGAAAUUUCUGAUCAAAUGAAGAAAGCAGAGGAGGAAGCUUAUGGGAUAGUGGUGAAUAGCUUCGAGGAUUUGGAAAAAGAAUACGUCGAGGGUUUAAUGAAUGUGAAAAACAAGAAAAUUUGGACCAUUGGCCCUGUUUCACUCUGUAACAAAGAGAAACAGGACAAAGCUGAAAGAGGUAACAAGGCUUCAAUUGAUGAACACAAGUGCCUAAACUGGCUUGAUUCAUGGGAACUAAACUCUGUACUCUUUGUCUGUCUCGGGAGCCUAUCGCGCCUUUCCACGUCUCAGAUGGUAGAGCUAGGGCUCGGGUUAGAAUCAUCGAAACGACCCUUUAUUUGGGUUGUUAGACACAUGUCAGAUGAGUUCAAAAAUUGGCUAGUGGAAGAGGAUUUUGAGGAAAGGGUUAAAGGACAAGGACUUUUAAUCCACGGUUGGGCGCCACAAGUACUAAUCUUAUCUCAUCCUUCAAUAGGUGCGUUCUUGACUCACUGUGGAUGGAAUUCGAGCCUGGAAGGUAUAACUGCUGGCGUGGCGAUGAUCACUUGGCCAAUGUUUGCUGAGCAGUUUUGCAAUGAGAGGUUAAUAGUGAAUGUACUCAAGACAGGAGUGAGGUCAGGCAUAGAGACACAAGUGAUGUUUGGAGAAGAAGAAAAAUUGGGAACACAAGUAAGCAAAGAUGAUAUUAAAAAGGUGAUUGAAGAAGUGAUGGGUGAAGAAAUGGAAGGUGAAAUGAGAAGAAAAAGAGCUAAAGAAUUAGGAGAAAAGGCAAAGAGGGCUAUGGAGGAAGAGGGUUCAUCUCAUUUCAACUUGACACAAUUGAUUCAAGAUGUGAUAGAGCAAGCAAAUUUUUUAAAAUCUAUGUAGAAUUACAAGAGGUUGAUUUAGGAUAUGUUGCAAUUAAUGAAUGCCA